AUGGCUGCGCAGUUCUUCUCGUCCGCCGUGAAGUCCUUCACCUCGAACAUCGGCUCCAAUUACUCCAUCAGCUCCACACCCUCUUCAACCGCCGGGCCAUGGAAAAUCUACGACGCGAAGAAGAAAUCGACAGGCAAGCCUGCCUCGGUCUUCAUCUUCGAGAAGAAGUCGUUGGAGCCGCAGGGAGGGGGCUUUGGGCCGCGAUCGACAAGCGGGACAGUGAAGAGAGCACACGAGGAGGUGGUAGAGCGCUUGAAGAAAGAGGCCAGUUCGCUCGCUAGAUUACGACACCCCAGCAUCCUGGAGCUGGCAGAGCCGGUGGAAGAGACGCGCAGUGGAGGUCUGAUGUUUGCGACCGAACCUGUGUCCGCAUCACUGGCGGGGCUGUUACAAGAGAAAGAUGAGCAGGAACGCGGUGGUGGCCCUGGUGGUCGCAGCAGUCGUUACGUGGUCGAAGAAGACGGUACUAGACGGCGGCGGGAGCUGGAGAUUGACGAGUUGGAAAUCCAGAAGGGGCUGCUGCAGGUCGCCAAAGGCCUCGAUUUCCUGCAUGAGAGCGCUGGCCUCGUACAUGGGAAUCUCACGCCCGAGGCCAUCUUCGUCAAUGCCAAAUCUGAUUGGAAAAUAUCCGGCCUGGGCUUCUGCAGCCCUCCCGACAAUUCUACCAAGCCCACCUCUGUUACCCCCAUCUCCCUGUCUGAGGUCAUCAACCACGACCCUCGGCUGCCGCACUCUGUGCAGUUGAAUAUCGACUACACUUCUCCAGACUUCAUAAUGGACACGAACCUCAACACAUCGUCAGACAUGUUCUCGCUGGGUCUCCUCGUUAUCGCCCUCUUCAACUCUCCUCAUCGCAGCCCUUUGGAGACGAACCAAAGUCCAUCUACCUACAAACGGCUAUUUGCAUCAUCUUCGUCAAUACCAACGCAGAACAACGGUUUCUUAUGCAAGGGGAAGCUACCCCGGGACAUCACCCAAGGCCUCCUACCCCGGCUCAUUACUAGACGACCAGCGCAAAGGAUCAACGCUCGCGAAUUUCAGGAGGCUCAAUACUUUGACAAUAUCCUUGUCUCAACCAUUCGCUUCCUUGAUAGCUUGCCAGCCAAGACUCCGGCUGAAAAGUCCCAAUUCAUGCGUGGUUUGCCACGUGUGUUGAACCAGUUCCCGAAGAGCGUCCUGGAGAAGAAGGUGCUUCCUGCACUACUGGAAGAAAUGAAAGAUCGGGAGCUAUUAUCAAUCGUUCUCCAGAACAUAUUCAAAAUUCUGACCAUGGUACCUUCGGGAAAGCGGGCAUUCUGCGACAAGGUACUUCCUCGCCUAAGAGAAGUAUUCCUGAACGGCGGCACCAGUGGAAAACCGCCGCAGGCGGAGCGGGACAGUGCGAAGGAGGCUGGUCUCAUGAUCAUCCUGGAGAACAUGAAGCUCAUGUCUGAAAACUGUACAGGCAAGGAGUUCAAAGAUGACGUGCUCCCACUCAUCGUCCUCGCCUUACAAUCACCAACCCAUUCUUUGGUGGAUGCUGCUUUAAGAACACUCCCCAUCAUCAUAUUCGUUCUAGACUUCUCCACAAUCAAGAACGAGUUCUUCCCCAUUGUAGCCAAUGUCUUUGCCAAAACCACAAGUAUGGGCAUCAAGAUUCGUGGCCUCCAAGCCUUCCGCCAUCUUUGCGGAGGCGGGAUUUCAGAAGACACAGGCGAUGGGCUGGAUGGCUUCGGUGCAAACAGACCACAACAAAGACAAAACCCAGCUGUCCUAGACAAGUAUACCAUUCAGGAGAAGGUCGUGCCGCUGCUGAAGGCAAUCAAAACGAAAGAGCCGGCUGUGAUGAUGGCAUCUCUUGAUGUUUUUACGGAGGUCGGCAAGAUCGCCGACUCUGACUUCCUUGCCAUGGAGACGCUUCCCAUCCUCUGGAACUUCAGCCUAGGUCCUCUCCUGAACCUGCAGCAAUUCCAAGCCUUCAUGGCCCUCAUCAAACAACUCUCCACCCGCGUCGAGCAGGAACAGACCCGCAAGCUCCAAGAACUCUCCACCAGCAGCACAACCACCGUCGCGCGCGCCGACGACUUCAUGUCCUUCGGCGGCAUCUCGCCCGCCAACGGAACCGGCGCCAACGGCGAGGACGCCGACUUCGAAAGCCUAGUCACCGGCCGCGCGACGACCAACAGCUUCUCCGCCGCCGGAAACGGCUUCGACGACGGCGGCGGCUGGGGCGCCCCCUCGUCGGCCACGACCUCCCCGCCCGUCUCGGCGGGCCUGCAGCCCCCCUCCUCCGCGCGUCCGAGCAACCCGCGCAGCACCUCGUCCAUGCAAUCGUCGUCGUCGGCGGCGGCGGCAUCCGCAGCACCGGCCUUCAACUGGAGCACGCCCCCACCCCAGCAGACCUCCACCCCUCCUCCCCGCUUGGGUAUGGGCGCCCCCCCUCUGCAACCGUCGUCGUCGUACCGCUCGGCCACGCCGGACCACAACAACAACAGAAGCUCGCUCGGCGGCUUCGCCGCGCUCAAGCCGCAGUCGACGGGCGGCACGACGGCCGGCUCGAUGAACGGCUGGGGCUCGUCCUCGACGCAGUCUUCCUUUUCUUUGCCACUGCAGCCGUCGCGGCCGCAACAGCAGCAACAGCAACAAGGAGGAGGCGGUCUCAUGAACAUGGGUAUUUUGAACCCUCAACAGCAGCAGCAGCAGCAGCAGCAGCAGCAGCAGCAGUCUGGCUCGAUCGAUUGGACAGCCGCGACGAGACAACAACAACAACCACAGCAGCAGCAGCAGCAGAUGGGCGCUGGACUGAAUCGGUUUGCUCAGCAGGGGACUGGUGUGGGCGCUGGCGGUGUCGGUAGUCCGUAUGCUGGGUUUGGCAUUGCGCCGCCGCCGGCGGGCGGCCUGGGGUCGUUUGGUGGUGGUGGUGGUGGUGGCGGUGGGAUGGCACAGCAGCAGCGACAGUCACAGCAACAGCAACAGCAACAAGGGCAGCAGCGAAAGGGGUUGGAUCAGUAUCAGAGUUUGAUAUAG